AUGCUAGGCCUCCGAAACAUCAUCAUCCCACCACCACCGUCGCAGAUUACACACCCCUCACCGGUGAUUUUCACGGCGGUGGAAGAUGAUAACAACAACAACAAGACGAGGAACAGUAAUGUUGAAGAGAAAGUGUGCAGAGACUGUGGAAACAGAGCAAAGAAAGAGUGUUUAUUCGAAAGGUGUAGGACUUGCUGCAAAAGCAGAGGAUACCAAUGUGCUACUCACGUGAGAAGCACGUGGGUUCCUUCUUCUUCCUAUCAUCACUCUUCUUCUUCAUCUUCCGACAGAAAGAAAAAGCUCAAAACUUCCGACAAACCCACUGUCUAUAUCGUUCCGACAAUCACUUCUCGCCGUCAAGAGACGAGUUUCAAACAAGGGUUACCGGGAAAGAUCGAAGCUCCGGCGGUUUUUAAACGGACGAGAGUAACAGCGAUAAGCAACGAGGAACAAUCAGAAAUCGGUUAUCAAGCGACAGUAACCAUACAUGGUCAUGUCUUCAAAGGCUUUCUUCAUUACCAUGGCAUUGAUCACAACAAAUCAUUUCCAUGUCUUUCUAAAAAGUUGUAA